AGUCACGUCCUGGGCCUGGAGUUGAGGAGGGAAGCGCCGCCUCUCCUCGGGCCCCUUCUCUCCUCCUUUCCCCUCCCCGCGGGUUCCUGGCCUAGCCAGAUACUGCGCAGCAAUCACGGUUCUCCAUCACCAGUUUGCCUGGCGUCUCCGAGGCCGCGAGCUCCUGGAGGCUCCCCGUGGCCCAGAGUUAUAGUCGGCACACCUCGGUCGCGGGUGAUCGUCGGGUCUCCACGGGCCCGGGUCGCUGGGGCGGAUCAGGCUCCAGUGCCUUCUCGGGGCUCCCCGCAAGGCCGUAGGCGAGAUGAACAUUCUGGCGCCGGUGCGGAGGGACCGCGUCCUGGCGGAGCUGCCCCAGUGCCUGAGGAAGGAGGCCGCUUUGCACGUGCACAGAGACUUCAACCCCCGCGUCACCUGCGCCUGCCAGGACCACCGGACAGGCACCGUGGGAUUUAAGAUCUCCAAAGUCAUUGUGGUGGGGGACCUGUCCGUAGGGAAGACUUGUCUCAUUAAUAGGUUCUGCAAAGAUACUUUUGAUAAGAAUUACAAGGCCACCAUUGGAGUGGACUUUGAGAUGGAACGAUUUGAGGUGUUGGGCGUCCCCUUCAGUCUGCAGCUCUGGGAUACUGCUGGACAGGAGAGGUUCAAAUGCAUUGCAUCAACCUAUUACCGAGGGGCUCAAGCCAUCAUCAUCGUCUUCAACCUGAAUGAUGUGGCCUCCCUGGAACAUACCAAGCAGUGGCUAGCUGAUGCACUCAAGGAGAACGACCCUUCCAGUGUGCUUCUCUUCCUCGUGGGUUCCAAGAAGGACUUGAGUACUCCUGCUCAGUAUAUGCUAAUGGAGAAAGACGCACUCAAGGUGGCCCAAGAGAUGAAGGCUGAGUACUGGGCGGUCUCAUCUCUCACUGGUGAAAAUGUCCGGGAAUUCUUCUUCCGUGUGGCAGCACUGACCUUUGAGGCCAACGUGCUGGCUGAGCUGGAGAAAUCGGGGGCCCGGCGCAUUGGGGAUGUUGUCCGCAUCAACAGUGAUGACAGCAACCUUUACCUAACUGCCAACAAGAAGAAGCCCACGUGCUGCCCGUGAGCGGUAAGGGGACGGUCGAGAGACUGGCCAGCCUUGGGGCACUGUGCCACCUUGAUUGCCCUAGAGCUCGACCCUGGACAUUUGCACUGAUUGUUUUUCCAGACCAAAGAGCUGCCCCUUCGUGGCAGUACCCCUGGAGGGGUAGCAGGGACCAUGCUAGUCACUUCCUGCCCCAGACACCAUGCCAAAGACUAGAUGUCCUCCCUCCCCAGGGGCUCUCCGGGCUGCCCAGCAGUGGGGAGGUAGUCCCUGCUGCUUUUGCUUAGCCUGCUGGACCCCUUGAGUAUGAGGAUGCUUAAUGAUCCAAGCCUUACACUGUGCCUUAUGCAUUAAAAUCUCUGUUAUUAGCA